AGCCCGUGCUCGGCCCUGCUCCCUGCUCCCUGCUCCCGCUGUUCAAUGGCGCGUUCUCCUGCUGUUCUGGCUUUGCUUUUGAUAUGCAGGGCCCAAGAAUGGGACCAUCUCUUCGACGAGUCCACCCAAGCAGUCGACCGCAGAAUGCAGGCUCUGCCGGAUGGUUUUGAAAUCAACGAGACCUUGAAUGGCAGCAUCCCGCUCACGGUCAUCCCAUCAUGGGAUGUUUUCUUGGCAUUCAGUGACAGGGAAAAGUUCAUCAAAGGAAGAAUGUCCAUUGCAACGAUUUAUGGAGAGGAAGCAACCACCUUUGUCACCAACCCAGAGAACAUGGUCGACGUCGUGAACUUUGGCUCCGGCUCCGGUGAUAUUAGCGUUCUGAGCUCGCUAAGGCUUUGGGACCCAAAGACCGGAAAGCAAGCCACGAGCGUCAGCAAGACUUAUGUGGGCCAGUUCUCCCAAUCGUUGUAUUCGUACGACUUGUCAUGCUACCCCUUUGACGUGAAGACUAUGCACUUUGAGAUUGCCCUGCAAAAGCCAUGUGGCAUUUUCUACCGCCUGGUCUUGGGAUGCGCCGGGGAAGGAAGUAUCCCGACAAUUGGCCAAGAUGGUGUUGUGGAAUGCUCAUGGCCAAUCAAUGCUUCCUAUGUAAACUUUGAUUGGGACUAUUUCACUUGCAAGUUGCAAAACUCGGCGACCAUCACUUGUGCGAUGACGGGCACCAGGCAUUGGGCUGCCUUGUUGAAAACUUACAUAUGGCCCUCAAUCAUUUACGGCUUGAUGGGAUUCCUGGCUUUCACCUUGGGCGUGAAGCUUGCCAUGCCUCGGGUGGCCACGACUAUGCUGGCCUUGUUGUCAUUGACAAACCUUAGAAACCAGGUCAUCGGAUUGCUCCCGACCACUGAUUCGGCAAGUUGGAUGGAAGAGUAUUUUCUGAUUGCUAUAUCCUUCAUGCUUCUCAACUUGCUUGGCCACGCAGCCUCCUUUCACUUGGAUGCGAGCGGGCGCCAUCACACACAAAAGAUGAUGAACAAGUUCAAUCUUUGGGGAGUGUUCUCCGUUUUCGUGCUGGUGGUUCUUGUGCGAUUGCACACCAGGAAUUGCCCGCUCAUUGACCCAACAAUCUCUUUGACCAUGACCCUCUUGGCAGCUCUGGUGUCUUUGUCGAUUGUCCUUUUCCUUGUUUGGUAUCAUCGACAAGCCUUCCGCGAGGCAACACAUAAGCUCACACACAGCGUUGCUUCAGCCAGAGGCUCCUUUCACGACGACAACGUUUGAUCCUUGGGCCGAGGGUUCUAAUUCAGACAUGUCCCAGGAUUAACUGACAUUGGUUCAUUCAAGAUUGGGUCGAGCCCAAGAUUUUCAGAUCCGCAUGUUUGGUAAGUUUUGCGUUUACAGCGUGCCCAGAUAAGGGCGAGUCAGAGCUUGACCUGAGCUGGCACAUGCAUAGAACCAAGCACAAAGCUAUUCCAUUCACAAGACAUUGGCCGCAC